CUAGAGUCUCUCUUAGGGACCAUGCGGCCUGUUCAGGUCUUAAAGAGAUGGAGUUUGCGCGGAACGUGAACGCCUCACCAGUUGUACCGGAAAGUUCUCGCAGUCCGGAGACUCACAGCUGGACUCUGUUAGAAAUGUGAAGUGAAGUGGAAGCUUUGCCGUUGCAGUAAGUUUUAAUGAAAAAGUACACAAUUUAACACCGGUUUGAAUUAAUCUAAGCGCGACGAUAUGUUCUCAUCGUUUAUUUAAUCCGUGGUGAAAGAUUUACAUUGCUCCAGCUGCGUGCUGAUUUUAGAAAAAUGUCUUCAAACUGCAUUUGGCUUUGCAGAAACAUACUUUUUACAGCCUCAGAAAAUUAUGCUCUUGUCAAAGCUCUUUGUCAAUCAUUGACUUUGUGUUGUGUAAAUAAAUACGUGUAAUUUGGAGUGAUCAAUACAGCAAUGGGUGGCCUGCGCACGUUUUAUUUGUCAGUGCGCGUGCCUGCGUCUUGCAGCCCUGGGUUCACAUGAGUGUGCGCGUGGGCCGAUGACAGUUUGAUUUAGCCUCGUUGCUGAUGUUUGACUGACGAAAGAGACCAAGCGGGCGAAGAAGUUCAUCCUGUUGGCCAUCUCUGAAUAGUUUUACGUGGGACCAGGUAAUAUUGUAACGUUUCCACUGGACCUCACGGUUCGUGGCCGGCCCGCCUCUCCCCCCGCCUCCUGCAGCACACAGACCGAGACAGCGGCCCGUCCAGCACCGUAGCUUGCAGAGAUAAACAUGGGUUCCGCCGGGCGCCUGUGCUCGGUGCUGCUGGCUGUAUUUCUGCUGGGGCUUCAUCACUGCUCGGGCUUCUGGAUCGUCAACGUUGUCUUCCCGCCCAACGCCAAAGCCAGAGUACCAAGCAACAGCACUCCACCACUCAUUAUUGUGCCAGGGAACCUGGGGAACCGUCUGGAAGCUAAGAUAGACAAGCCGACACUGGUUCACUGGAUGUGCUACAAGAAAACCGAACACUGGUUCCCCCUGUGGAUUGACCUCAAUAUGUUCAUGCCCAUAGGUAUAGACUGCUGGAUUGAUAACAUUAGACUUGUUUACAACAGGACGACUCGGCGGUCUUCCAACUCACCAGGGGUGCAGGUGCGGGUGCCAGGAUUUGGGCAGACAUAUCCCAUUGAGUUUCUCGAUAAUAACAAACUGGCUGGGUAUUUUCACACUAUGGUGCAGCAUUUGGUUAACAUCGGCUACACCCGGAAUGAGACAGUCCGAGGUGCACCAUACGAUUGGAGAUUAGCACCUAAUGAGAAUGCAGAGUAUUUCACAAAGCUGCAGGACCUGGUUGAGGAGAUGUACGACCAGUACCAGCACCCGGUUUACCUGCUGGGACACAGCAUGGGCUGCCACUAUGUCCUCUACUUCCUCAACCACCAGCCUCAAGCGUGGAAGGACAAGUACAUCAAGGGCUUCAUUUCCCUGGGAGCUCCAUGGGGGGGUGCUGUUAAACCACUUAGAGUCCUGGCGUCAGGUGAAAAUGAUGGCAUCCCGAUGAUUUCCAACAUCAAGAUCCGCGAGGAGCAGAGGAUGACAACAACUAAUCCCUGGAUGCUGCCAUCUGAGGCCGCCUGGCCAAAGGACCACGUGUUUAUCUCCACACCAACCUUCAACUACACCAACCAGGACUACCAGCGCCUCUUCACCGACAUCAAUUUUGAGGAUGGCUGGCAUAUUUGGGAGGAUACCAGGAACCUCACUGGUGAUCUCCACCCACCUGGUGUUGAAGUGUGGUGUAUGUAUGGUGUGGGGCGUCCAACUCCAGUAACAUACAUUUAUGAUGAGGAGUUUCCCAACGGGGACCCAGUGGACUUUGUUUACGCCGAUGGGGAUGACACAGUGGACAGCCUUAGCAUGAGUCUUUGCAAGCGUUGGAUGGGGCAGCAGGAGAAGCCUGUCCAUGUUACAGAGUACCGAGGGCUGGCCCACCUGGACAUAGUGUUCCAUGAAAAGGUGCUCAACCUAAUCCAGCAUAUCCUGGAGGACAAUGCAGACACACCCAGAGAGGUUGACGUCAGAAUUGGAAUGAAAUAGCAGACAACAGCAUCUAAGAGUUCAAAAAGCAAAAACACAUGGAGUGCUGGAUUUUUACGUAGUUGAUGUUUUAGUCCAUUCAAGUGUCAAAAAAACAAAAACAUUCCACACAACUCCAACAUUUAUUAGCAACCCCUCUUUGACCCCCCCAGCCAAUAACCAUGACCCCCUUAUCUAAACUCAAGGCUGAUGACUUGCAGUAUGGGUUUUAACCUGAUCUGUUUAGUUCUAUUUCCAGACUGUGUGUUGUGUUGUAACUCCCUUAUAUUUGAUGUUGAUCAUAGACUGAGACUGAGACUGAUGGUGGUGACCACCAUACACACAAUUGUACAAAUAUAGCAAUAGGGAUUUUUUUUUUUAUGAUGGUUCAUUUAAUGCUGUUGUCUGUGUAGUUUUAUCACAGUCCAUUCAGGCAACUUCAAAUCCUGUUACAUACAUCUUUACAAAAAUACAUAAUUCUGGUUUGUUUACUUUUGAUGGAUGAUAAACUAUUCAUCACAUCAUUAUUAUUUAUGCACACACACCCAAUGAUGCAUAAUUGUCAUAUUCCAUGGAUAGUUACAAGUGUGACCAAUUAAUAGAGGACUAUUUUAUUGUGAUUAUGAUGUCACUGUCAUAUUUCUGUAGGGAUUUAAAUAUUUUUAGAUAUCUGUAUGAACUCUUUAUGAAACAUAAUUAUGAGAUCACUUUUUCCUCAGGCUCAUAUACAGUAGUUUAUACACGCACAUUAGAAAUGACAGGGACAUUUUAUACUGUCAUGCAACAUGCCAAAUGUAUCUUAAUGUUUUCACUUAUAAUAAAGCAUAUAUUG